AUGUACUUGAAAUCGGACACUACUCCGCAGACGAGGCUAAUAUCGCUAGCCUACAGUAAUAUCAUUGGAUACAUCUACCGUGAGGGCUCAAACUCUACUGCCCGCCCGUCUGGCAGCUGCUUGACCCUCAUCAAAAGAAACAGCCGGACACUUUCCUCAUCAUCGCAAUCCAAUGGAACCGGUGCACGCACCUCGCCCGUGGAUACCUCAGGACUCACGUAUGCUGCUCCCCAUCCACAACACCAUCAAUCUCUCGCCCCUCCCAAUGGUCGGCAGACAUUACCGUCCAGCGGAAAGAAGGGCAACAGCUCCAAGCAGUAUCUGCAUGUAGUCAACUGCCGUGAUGGUGGAAAAGAAGAAAUGCGCUGCGCUGCGCCCCCCACACCAGGUCCCUCAUCCUCGCAAUCGCCACGAGUCAUGAGCAUGUCCCACACGCGCGCGAGAGCAAGUGGCCAACAUGGCAAUAGCAGCACCGUCACGACGACACAGAAUCCUUAUACCAUCUGCAGGAUCUGCGGAAGACAAGAGGUGAAGUCGAAAUAG